CUCAACUUUCUCACACACCUUUCUAAAGCUCUCCCUCGGAAUUCCAAACCCCUUUCAACUUGAGAUUAUUCCAUCUUUACUCAUGCAGAUCUUUGUGAAAACCCUAACCGGCAAGACCAUCACCCUUGAGGUGGAGAGCUCUGACACCAUCGACAACGUCAAAGCCAAGAUCCAGGACAAGGAGGGCAUCCCUCCAGAUCAACAGAGGCUCAUCUUCGCCGGCAAACAACUUGAGGACGGCCGGACCCUCGCCGACUACAAUAUCCAGAAGGAGGCGACUCUCCAUCUCGUGCUCAGGCUUCGCGGUGGCAUGCAGAUUUUUGUGAAGACUUUGACUGGCAAGACCAUCACUCUGGAGGUGGAGAGCUCCGAUACCAUUGACAAUGUCAAAGCUAAGAUUCAGGAUAAGGAGGGUAUCCCGCCGGAUCAGCAGAGGCUGAUCUUUGCCGGAAAGCAAUUGGAGGAUGGUCGUACAUUGGCCGAUUAUAAUAUCCAGAAAGAGUCUACCCUGCACCUUGUUCUUCGUCUCCGUGGUGGUGCUGAUUUCUGAGGAUUUUGGUCGUUCUAUAUAGUACUUAUGCCAUUAAGGAAGUUCGAUCUGUUAGGUCGUUUAAUAUUCUUUUUCUGAUUACCAAGACUGUGUUUUCCAUUUACUUAUUGUUUUAGUUUAAUUUCCAGGUUUAUUUUGAAUGAUGCAAAAUAUUAUCUCUACUGUUCUACUUGCCUUGCAUUA